AUUACCAUUAAAGAUGGCGGUGACUCAUAGUGGAAUCUUUAAGACCAAUUAAAAGUAACGAGUCUAAUCCCGCCAAAAGUUGAUUAACGGAAUGCCUGAUCAAACAGCGUUACGCGUGUACGAAAAAUUGCUACUUUAACUGCUUACUUGACACUAUCUAACAAUAAUGCAACCAGAUUCCUUAGAAAAUAUCCUUAGAAAAAUAUCGUUACCAACUUGCUAAGGAUUUGAGUCUUGGCUAAGUGAUCUGUUACGUUAAAAGUGUCGCAUGGAAUAUAUUGAUAGAUUCAAACUGAUUCCAACGUAACACAUGUGGAUGACAAAUGUCGAGAACGUUGCGAUUUUUUAAUUCAGCAAUCAAUAAAAUGUCGAAAGAUACGCCUAGCUUAAUAGAAAGCAUCGCGCAACAUCACAAGUAAGGUUAAUUCGUCCUCAAGGUUGCGAAAUUAUGAUACUCACGAGGCUUUUGCGUUUUUUUCAUAAGCAAAGCAAAACACUUGUUCGCGCAGAUAAGACCAUUUCAACAAUUUACGAUUAUCCAAUAGUCCAAAUGUCGAAUUUGGCCAAAAUGGGCAAGCCUAAAGUUUUGAUUACGAGACCGGACAUACCAGCAGCUGGUUUAAAUAUGCUACGUGAACGAUGUCAGAUUACAUUGUGGGAGAAAGCUGAACCAAUACCACGGCUGGAAUUAUUGUCUAAAAUACAUGGAGUAAAUGGAGUAUACUGUGUCCUGACGGAUAAAAUAGAUGAUGAAGUUCUUGAGGCUGCAGGUCCUCAAUUACAAGUUGUAGCGACUAUGUCAGUAGGCAUUGAUCACCUAGACCUGAAUGCUUUAAAGAAAAAGGAUAUUAAAAUCGGUUAUACUCCAAAUGUCCUGACAGAUGCCACAGCGGAGCUGAUUGUAGCUCUUUUAUUGGCUACAUCAAGGAGAUUAUUGGAAGCUAACAGAGCAAUUUACAGAGGCGAAUGGAAAGCUUGGGCUCCAACGUGGAUGUGUGGCCCAGGAUUGUCGGGCUCGACUGUGGGUAUUGUUGGUUUGGGUAGGAUUGGGCUGCGGGUCGGCGAGUGUCUCAAGAGUUUCAAUAUUGCCAAAUUAUUGUACACAAGCAGAACGGUCAAGCCGGAAGCGUCGAAAUUUCACGGCGAAAAAGUGGAGUUGAACGAAUUGCUCCGGGAUAGUGAUUUUGUCGUAGUAACGACAGCGCUGACGCCUGAAACGAGACACAUGUUUAACGCCGAAGCUUUCAAACGUAUGAAGAGUACAGCAAUCUUCGUGAAUGGAAGUCGCGGAGAUGUAGUAGAUCAAGCGGCAUUGAUAGAAGCCUUAAAAAGCGAAACAAUUGCGGCUGCUGGUUUGGAUGUUACGACGCCUGAACCGAUACCACUAGAUAAUGAACUCUUGAAACUAGAUAAUUGUGUGGUUUUACCUCAUAUAGGAAGCGCUGCUAUGCAAACUAGAGAAGAAAUGUCUAGAAUAACAGCAAAUAAUAUCUUAGCUGUUUUAAAUGGAACACCCGAAGCUAUGCCUGCGGAACUUAAGCUAUAGAUAGCCAAAGACGUUUUAACACAAUUACAGGUGAGAGGAGUAGUCAUCGUCGGAGGUGAAGACAUUCGAAUAUUUUCCCUGGACUUCAAGAUACACAAUCAUAAACGUAAAACACAAUUAAUAUAUGCCCAGUUGAGAAUAAUAUAUAUAAAUUAUGAUUUAUUUUCUAAAACUAAAUAAACAAUAGAUUUGCUAUAGAAA